GUCCCCCCUGGAACUGUCACUUUGGUCCUCCUCUCCUCCCCCGCUGAGAUUUCCAGAUCGUAUCCCUGUGCGAUCUUCAUCUCCCAUCACUCUGGUGAGAGGGGUCCCAGAGGUUUCUUUUUUUUGUUCUGCUGCCACUGCCGUCCAACCAUCGUCAUCAUCAUCAUCAUCUACCUGUCACCUCUGGACUGAGAGUCUCCUGCACCUUACUUAGAGUCUGCUCUGAAGGUAUCGACCUUUGACUCCUCGGCUGUUUUCUCGGGACGCGGCUCAAGAUGCCAGAGCCCACAAAGAAAGAUGAGACGCCUAAUGGCCAGCCAGAAGAAAGUGUUGCCCCAGACAGUAACGGUGCCCCGUCCCUACCUGAGAUUUCCCUGGAGGUCUCCCCCCCGCCAGAGGCGGUAGCAGAGGGGAAAGAGACGGUAGAGACUGAUGGGAAGAAACCAGAUCUCACAGAGCCUGAGCCAUUAGAGGCUGUGGUAGCUCAGGAGACGAGUCCCGCCAAGAGUAACUCAAAUGAGCCGCAGGCUGGUGUGGUUGGGGUGAAAAAGCAAGCAGAGUCCACUAGCUCUACUGUAAAGGAAGAGGGCCCUUGCUCUCCCCCACCACCUGAUGAUGGUAACGCUGCAGCUACUUCCCCAUCCCCAACACCCCAAGCAGAGGAUGCCAAUUCAAUCAAGAAACUCUCAGUUGACCUGCCUAAUGAUAGCGUGCCUGUACCAGCAAUGGGGAGAAAAGACUCAGUGUGGUCUCUGGGAGAGGGCCAGCCCCCAGAGGAUCUGGAAAAGCCCAUUGAUACCCCGCCCCUGUCAACCCUGCUGAUUGAGAGACCACAAAGUGGCAGUGUCCCUGUGGGUGGUGACAUCAGCUUUGUUGCCAAGGUGGAGGCCAAAGAUCUUCUCCGCAAACCCACUAUCAAGUGGUUCAAAGGAAAAUGGAUGGAUCUGGCUAGCAAGACAGGAAAGCACCUACAGCUCAAAGAAACUUUCGACCGCUUCACUAAGAUUCACACAUUUGAGAUGCACAUCAUCAAAGCCAAAGACAACUAUGCUGGAAAUUACAGGUGCGAGGUCACGUACAAGGACAAGUUUGACAGCUGUUCCUUUGACUUGGAAAUUAAAGAAGUUGAAACGGGCUCACAGAAUAUUGAUAUUCGAUCGGCUUUCAAAAGGAGCAGUGAAGGACAAGAAGAUGCAGGGGAGCUUGACUUUAGUGGUCUCCUUAAACAUAGAAAUCAAAGGGAGCCCAAACAGCAGGACGACGCUCCAGAGGUGGAUGUGUGGGAGAUCCUGAAGAACGCCCGGCCAGAUCAGUACGAGAAGAUCGCUUUCAUGUACGGCAUCACGGAUCUGAGGGGUCUGCUGAAGAGGAUGAAGAAGAUGCCUAAAGAGGAGAAGAAGAGCGAAGCUUUUGCAAAGAAGCUCGAGCCGGCGUAUCAGGUGGAUAAAGGUGGAAAGAUUCGCUUGGUGGUUGAUCUGGCCGACCCCACCGUUGAGCUUAAGUGGUACAAGAACGGACAGGAAAUCAGGCCCACUCCCAAUCAAAGGAAGUAUAUUUUUGAGCACAAGGGUACCCAAAGGAUUAUGGUCAUCAACAACUGCAGCAUAAACGAUGAUGCUGCCUACUCGGUAGCUGCAGGGGAUGAAAAGUGCACCACAGAGCUGUUUGUGAAAGAGUUGCCUGUUAAGAUAGUGAAAGGUAUUGAGCCCGUGAAGACCACAGUAAACGAAAGGAUUGAGCUGGAGUGUGAAGUGUCGGAGGAAGGUGCUCAAGUCAAAUGGAUGAAGAACGGUGUCGAGGUUCCAACAGGAGUGCGCUCAAGAUACCGAGUUAAGUCUGAGGGAACCAAACACUACUUGGUGAUUGACGACGCCUCCAGAGAAGACACCGGAACAUUUUCCGUCAUGGCCAGUGGUGGCACAUCUGAAGCACAUGUUCAAGUCGAUUUAAAACCACUGAAGGUGUACCAAGACCUGCAGGAUGCAACAAUAAUGCUGGGUCAACCCAUCAAACUACACUGUGAGAUAUACCCAGGCAACGUACCAGGCCGUUGGUACAGGAAUGGACAGCUGAUCCAGCCCAAUGAUCGCAUCAACAUCAUACACAGAAAUAAAGUCCACAGACUUGAAAUUGAGACCAGCUCCCUUCAUGAUGCAGGAGAUUACACUUUUGUUCCUGAGGGUUAUUCACAGAGCUUGUCUGCCAAAAUCCACAUCAUUGACCCCCCAAGGGUACACCUGGACAGCUUGAAUUUCCCAGACAACACCGUCACGAUUGUGGCUGGAAACAAACUUCGCUUGGAGAUCCCCAUCAGUGGAGAACCAGCACCCAGAGUGGUGUGGAUGAAGGGAGAAAGGGUGAUUCUUGAGUCAGGUCACCGUGUCCAUGCUGAAACGUACGGUGACCAGACGAGCCUGACGAUUGAGGUCACGGAACGGGAGGACUCUGGGAACUACAAGAUAGUCCUGCAGAACGAGGCCGGUGAAGCCACAGCCAGCGUCAAAAUCAAAGUUGUCGACAUCCCUGACCCACCAGAGGCACCCUUGGUUCCAGUGGUUGGUGGUGAUUGGUGCACAAUGACGUGGGACCCACCAAAAUAUGACGGAGGUUCACCAAUAUUAGGCUAUUUCAUAGAGAGGAAAAAGAAGCAGAGUUCCAGAUGGAUGAGACUGAACUUUGACCUGAUUAAAGAAACUGCAUUUGAACCCAAGAAGAUGAUUGAAGGAGUUCCAUAUGAAGUGCGGAUCUUUGCAGUCAAUGCCAUUGGUGUGUCCAAGCCCAGUGAACCGUCCAAAGCCUUUACUCCCCUCGCUGUGACCAGUGAGCCCACCAUGCUGGUUGUUGACGAUGUCACAGACACCACAGUGACCGUAAAGUGGCGCCCUCCUGAAACCAUCGGAGCUGCUGGUCUGGACGGAUACUUAGUGGAGUACUGCAUAGAAGGAACUAAUGACUGGAUAAUAUCUAACAAGGAGAUGACGGAGAAAACCAAGUACACCAUUACUGGGCUGUCCCCGGGGUGUAAAAUUUUAGUUCGAGUCAAAGCCAUCAAUGCAGCAGGAGCCAGUGCCCCACGGACCCUGCAGCACUCUAUCCUGGUCAAAGAGGUUAUUGAACCUCCCAAGAUCCGUGUCCCACGACACCUGAAGCAGACGUACACUCGAAAAGUUGGAGAAACUGUCAACCUUGUGGUGCCAUUUCUGGGGAAACCCAGGCCGAAGGUCACCUGGCUGAAGGAGGGCCAGGUUAUAGAGCCUACCCACGUCAGCAUCCGCAACACAGACUGUGACAGCAUCAUCUUCAUCCGUAAGGCAGAACGCAGCCACUCUGGAAAGUAUGAGAUGACAGUGCAGGUUGAAAACCACGUGGACACAGCAAUUCUUGACAUACAAAUAGUUGAUCUUCCUGGACCUCCUCAGUGUGUGACUAUUGAAGACGUAUGGGGCGCAAAUGUAGCUCUGGUGUGGACCCCUCCGAAAGACAACGGGAACGCCCCGAUAACAGGCUACACCAUUCAAAAAGCAGACAAAAAGACAAUGGAGUGGUUCACAUGCAUUGAGCACUACCAUCGCACCUGCAUCACCAUCACAGAGCUGGUGGUUGGGAACGAGUACUUCUUCAGAGUCUUUUCUGAGAAUAUGUGUGGUCUGAGCGAAAACGCCACCCAAACCAAAAAGAGCGCUCUCAUUGUCAAAGAAGGGAAUUUCCCACAUGAUACCGCUCAGCAUCAGUAUCAUGCAAAACCCCAUUCCUUUACCCUUACCCCUACAGGCUUGCAGGUGAAAAUACCCGAGUACAAUGACCACGACUUCAAAGAGGCACCAAAGUUCACGCAGCCACUUAUCAACACUUUUGCCAUCGCCGGCUACAAUGCUACACUCAACUGCAGUGUCCGUGCCAACCCAAGGCCUAAAGUGAUCUGGAUGAAGAAUAAGAUAACCAUCAUUGACGACCCUCGCUACCGUAUGUUUAGCAACCAAGGCGUCUGUACUCUGGAGAUCAGGAAGCCGAGUCCUUACGAUGGCGGCAUGUACACCUGCAAGGCCAUAAACGACCUGGGAGAAGCCCAAGUGGACUGCAAGUUGGAGGUCAAAGUCCAAACUCAAGAAAUGUGAAUUUUUGUUCUCAUAUAAGGAGGCUUCACCUUCUACGAGCUCAUGCAACGUGGAGUCCCCCUCCACUUGAUUGACAAGUACAUGAACGAGACGAAGAUUGUUGAGCAAGAGAAGCAAAACUGAACGCAGUGCAAUAAGACGCUUCUGCUUUACAGACAUCUGCCACCACUAGUGACCCCCUUCCCUCACCUACCGAUGUCAGCGGCCUGUGUAGUGCAGAUGGAUGGCGGGUGUAGGGGAGAGGGUGUACUGGUCUGGAGUGUGGCAUGCUGUGUGUAGGUUUGGAGCUUGUUGCCAUAGAGAAAAAAAAAAGCCAGCUCAUUUUAUUUGUCACCUUUUUGUUUUUUUUUUUUAAAAAAAAGCUCAGAUGCAUGUCGGCAGUGUUUUGGUUCUAGCUUUAAAAAGGACAUGUAGUGUGUAAAAAAAAAUAUACAAAGCACAAGCAGUGACAAACACCUACAGUAUUCACAUGUGGAUUUUUGUUAGAGCUGGUUACUUACUGAUGUCUGAAAGAAGGGAAAUGAGAAUGUGUAUAGUUUAGUGCUGGUGUCAGUGAACUUCGGUAUGGCGAAAAAAAAAAGAAAAAUAAUAAAAAAUGAGAAGAGACUUCAGUCAUGUUGGAUAAAAGAAUAUGUUGACAUUAUAUGUGUUAAUUUCACCUUUUCUGUUAUAAGUGAGAAACUUACACAUAAUCUGCAUGACACAUUGUGAUUUUUGGAUUCACUGAGGCUUGACUGAGGCUCGUUCAUGCGUGCAUGUCUUUUCCUUUGUAAUUAUGACCUACGGAUAACAGUAAAACAUACAUUUGAAAAAAAAAAA